ACAGUGACAGUGACACAUAGAUUCAAAUAAAAUAACUACAGCAAUCAACAACAUUUUUUUUGUUUGUUUCCAUAGUUACUUUACUCCUUUGUUGAUUGUUAUGAUCGUUUUAAACCCUAGUUGGACUGUUGACAGUGUUUUUAAUAAACUACAGAUUUUUAAACCUAAAUCAAAAUUAAGCAACCUAAACCAUGACCGAAACAACUACAAAUACAGACUCGUUUGUGUCUUGCAUCAAAGUAAAAGGAAUCGAAUUGUUGCCUCCAGUGAUUAAUCCAGCACGUCGAUUAGAACUGCAGACAUAUAAACAACAGGCCAUAAAACUAGAAAAACGUCUCCGAAAUUGUAAGGAAUUGAAGAAAAAUCUACAGGAGUUAAUGUCCACCAAAAACCUCACCAGCUCCCCAUAUUUUGACGGAAACAGCCAUAUCGAAGCGUUAGGAAUUUCCUCGGCCAGGAGCAGCGUCCAACCAAAGAAGAAACCAAAUCUAAGUAGAGAUAUCAUUGAUGUUACCGAAUAUAGCAAUGAUGGCAUUAAGUUAAUCAAUAGAGAGGAAGAUAUGGUGUGUGAAUCUAGACAAGGCCAGACUGAUUUCAAUCAAGGACAGCUAUUAAGCGUCGGUGAUGCAUAUGAAAGUGAUUCAUCUUUAAAUAAGUCAAGCGAAAUACCUGUCUCCUCUGUGAUGUCAAGUGCUAGAGAACCGCAUUCACAGUGGGCUACUCCUGAUUUUAUUGGAAGUUGCGACAAUCAAGGUCAUUUUUCACCGAGAAAAUCUUCGAGCCCAAAACCGACAAGAUCCACACCACCUAGAAACAAAUCGAAAAGUGCUACAGCGAAACCAUCCUCUUCCCCUAAACCAAGACUGAUUAGAAGCAACUCUUAUACUCUCGAAUCACCGAGCCCGAUACUUUUGGCCCAUCUCCAGAAAUGCUGCAAGACAAAUCUAGAAGUGCCAGAAGCAAGUGGAAACCUUUCACGAGGUUGGACGUCUUUAGAGAAUAACUUUUCUCUAAAUAGUGAAGAUAGUGAAUUUAGCAGUUUAAACACUGUAUACAAUGCUAACUUGAGCAGUCAAACUGUUAGCGAUAAAGUGCCUUUAGAUGGAGUGGGUGACAAAGAGCUGAGGCUACAAAAGGAUACUGGACAGAAGUCUCCUACUAUUGAGGUGGUCCAAACUGACAUCUCUGUUCAGCAUAUAACUGUCAACGCCAAUAGUGAGAAUAUAGAACCUGUCAAAGGCACCUUGGACUUAACCAAUCCAGAUUGUCAAUUGAUGCAAGUUCUGAAGAAGAUACCAGAAGAUUAUUCAAAGCAGAUCAUAGAGCUACUGGAAAAACGUAGGCAAGAACAUCAAGAUAAAGUAGAAAAUUUUGGAAAACAAUUUAAAGAGGCUUCUUCGAAGGAUGAAGAUUUAGACGAUACCGACUCCAUUACUUCGGAGCUGUCAAGUUGGUCGAACUAUUGCGCAGUCGCGGACAAACUAACGGAGAUCGAGCUCCAAAAAAUGUAUCCAGCAGAAAAUAGGGCCAGUUCAACGAUUAUCAGUAAUAAAAAGUUUUUCGAAAACGAGACCUAUUCUGGGGAUAGUUCUGAUAGCGGGGCUUACCAAGUUAUCGAGAGUACCCAUAUGGAAAAAGAAAUUGGAGUCUUGGAUAACACCUUUGAUGUUGAUUCAAAAAGAAUCGAACAGAAGAGACCAGAGAGUAUGAAGAAAGUUUUUCUUCCUAAUAAAAGCAUUGAAACAGCUAACAAGGAUGCAGCUAAAAGGCGAUGGGCUGCGUGUAUAAUAUGUGCCUACGUCAAGGGGUAUUUGACUAGAAGACUACUUCACACCUCUCGGGUACAGUCUAAAAUCGACACGAUUAGAGACGCUGUCAUUUGCGCUCUUCAGCUCCACGAAGUCGAACAUUUUGACGAAGCAGACGCCGAAUUACAUAGACGACUGAUUAAUCAGGUCUCGGCAGCUUGUUACGAAAUCCACGAUAUAUUCUUCAACUUGCCUAUGUCCGAAAAGAUGGCGAUCAUAGCAACCGACCGAAAACGAUUAUUGGAGAAAGCUAGAAGACCGUCUUCCGCACCUGAAAUACCUCGAUCCUUAUCUAACUCCAGCAGGUCUUCGACCAAGAGCUUCCAUUCACAGACUUUGAUGAAGACUUGACGAACUGAAUUAAAAAUGUCCUUUGGUGCUGCUACUAGAGUCGGCUGUAUCGGCUCGGUAGUUUUUGUUUUACGAUGAACUGUUUUGAUGCUGACCUUUAUCAGAAGGCAAGAGUUUCAAAAACUUAACUGCAAGUCUUUUUUUUUCAUUCCACGCCUGCAAAUUCUAGAAAAAACGACGAAUCAAUGUUUUGUUGAGAAAAUUACAGUUUUAAAUUAUUUUUUGGUGUCUUUUGUUCGUUUCUAUUGAUGCAAAACAUAUCCAUAUUUAUCAGCCUUCAAUAGAAAUCAGUUCAUAAUAUUUUAUGUUUGUGGGCAUAGGGUGGAGUUGUAGCUUUUGCACUUAACUUAUACUAAAUUUAAAUUUUUUGAAGCAUUCCUAACGAAGCAUUUGACGAAAUUGACGAGUAUAUACCAAAUAUAUCAUUUUUUUAGCGUACUGACUAAACGACUUAGCUCUCAAAGACAAUCUAUUUUGUUACUUCCAUCGUUUUUUAGAGUAGACAAUAAAAAGUAUGUUUUAU